AGCUUCCCCAACCCACUUGGACGGCCGACCUCUAACUUCGUCACCCAACGAUCUCCGAGGCUACAGACCGACCGCGGCCCUCGAUCUAACGCCGAGCAAUACUACACCUCUCCGAACCGCUCAUUACCGCCACGAUGCCUGAAGUUGUCGACCCCCGCAUGAUCUCGGUGACGCCUAGGAUACGAUACAACACUAUUGGAGGCGUCAACGGUCCAUUGGUCAUCCUCGACAAUGUCAAAUUCCCGCGAUACAACGAGAUUGUGUCCUUGACUCUGCCUGAUGGCACCGAACGCUCUGGUCAAGUCCUUGAAGCUCGAGGCAACCGCGCCGUCGUCCAGGUCUUCGAAGGCACAUCUGGUAUCGAUGUUAAGAAGACCAAAGUCGAGUUCACCGGACAUAGCUUGAAGCUCGGUGUGUCCGAGGACAUGUUGGGCCGUAUCUUCGAUGGUUCAGGAAAGCCUAUCGACAAGGGCCCCAAGGUGCUCGCCGAGGACUACCUUGAUAUCAACGGUAGCCCCAUCAACCCAUACUCGCGAGUCUACCCCGAAGAAAUGAUCUCCACCGGUAUCUCCGCCAUUGACACGAUGAACUCGAUCGCCCGUGGACAGAAGAUUCCUAUCUUCUCCUCAUCCGGUCUACCCCACAACGAAAUCGCUGCGCAGAUUUGCAGACAGGCUGGUCUUGUCGGAAAGCCCUCCAAGGGUGUACACGACGACCACGACGACAACUUCUCCAUUGUCUUCGGUGCUAUGGGUGUCAACUUGGAGACCAGUCGCUUCUUCACGCGCGACUUCGAAGAGAACGGCAGUAUGGAGCGUGUCACUCUGUUCCUCAACUUGGCAAACGACCCUACCAUCGAGCGCAUCAUUACCCCCCGUCUUGCCCUUACAACCGCUGAAUACUACGCCUACCAGCUCGAGAAGCACGUCCUGGUCAUUCUUACCGACUUGUCCUCCUACUGCGAUGCGCUACGUGAGGUCUCCGCUGCCCGAGAAGAAGUGCCCGGUCGUCGUGGUUACCCCGGUUACAUGUACACGGAUUUGUCGACUAUCUACGAGCGUGCUGGACGUGUUGAGGGCCGUAACGGAUCUAUCACUCAGAUUCCCAUUCUGACUAUGCCUAACGACGAUAUCACACAUCCCAUCCCCGAUUUGACCGGUUACAUUACCGAGGGCCAGAUCUUCAUUGACCGUCAACUCGACAACAAGGGUAUCUACCCUCCGAUCAACGUUCUGCCAUCCCUCUCCCGUCUCAUGAAAUCUGCCAUCGGUGAGGGUCGCACACGAAAAGACCACGGUGAUGUCUCCAACCAGCUCUACGCCAAGUACGCCAUUGGCCGUGACGCCGCUGCCAUGAAGGCAGUCGUCGGAGAGGAGGCCCUAUCCUCAGAAGACAAGCUAUCCCUUGAGUUCCUCGAGAAGUUCGAGCGCUCCUUCAUCGCCCAGGGUGCCUACGAGUCGCGCUCCAUCCACGAAUCUCUCGACCUUGCAUGGUCGCUGCUCCGUAUCUACCCCAAGGAACUCCUCAACCGUAUCCCAGCCAAGGUGCUUGACCAAUACUACCAGAGGAGUCGGGGCGGUGACGACGGUGACAAGAAGAAGGGCAGCAAGGAUACCAAGGACAACUCGGGCGAGGGCCAGCAGGACGACAACUUGAUCGAUGUGUAAGCAAGAUAGUUUAGCAUGUGUAUGUGUUUGGGAUGGUGAAUGGACUGCUUCUAUGGCCAUGUUCACUGAGCGGAAUGUGGGUAGAGAUACUGCAUUGAGUAUAUACGAAUUUGUCGAAUCUUUAAUCUGGUGUACUUGUCGUUUUUGGUGACGUGAUGUUGAUUGGGCAAACGAAGUAGGUAUGUUCGCGUUGCUUGUUCAUACGACGACGGGUAGUUUUUGUUCAUAUUGCUUCACAUAUGUGGCAAACACUUUCUAG